GAAAAAAAAUGGGAGUACUCGAAAACCUAUGGGACGACGUUGUGGCUGGUCCUCGACCUGAAGCCGGUGGCCGUGGCCAUCUCCGGCGAAUCUCCACCGGCUUAACUAGCUUGAACAAUACCACAGAAGGAAUGUCGGUGGCUGGAUCGGUAUCUCUUCCGGCGAGUCCAUCGACUCCGGUGACACCAGGAUCUGGUCGGAAAGUGGAUGUGUGGAGGAGUGUGUUUCAUCCGGCAAGUAAUGUGACCACAAGGGAGAUUGGUGCUAAUGUCUUUGACAAACCCUCUCAUCCUAAUUCUCCCACAGUUUAUGACUGGAUGUACAGCGACGAGACCAGAAGCAAGCACCGUUAAAGCGUACCGUUAUGGCGUUAUCAACGAACCGUCAAAUUAAUAAGUCAAGAGUUCAUAAAAAUGAAGUCGUCAGUUUUGAAAAUUCAAGAUAAUUAAUUAAUAAACCAGUGCUGUAUGCCGUAUAAUGAAUGUUUAAAUAAAUUUAAGGCACUUGAGUUUCUCAGUUGCUUUUUAUCUCU